CCGACCAAGAUCCAACUCAAAAUCGAAGACAAAGCUCGCAAGCGCUCCGCCUCCGCCUCCGCCUCCACUACCACCGCGGCUACUGCUCUCCUCCACCACCUCGACCGCCCUAAAGACCCCUCCUCCAAAACGCACCGCAUCGGCCUCCCUUCUAAUUGAAAGUUACGCACCCCAAACACCAAAAUAUAACUCGCCGUAUUAUGUCUCACAUUCUCAAACCUCUAAUGGAGGUUGAGGUCAAGCUUAGGCUCCCAGACGCCGCCGCCCACCGCCAAGUCACCACCCUACUCGCGCCGUUCCACGUCAGCACACACCGGCAAGAGAAUCUCUUCUUCGACGGCUCCAAAGCCGAGCUCUCGGCGCGCCGAGCCGUCCUCCGCCUCCGCUUCUCGGACCGAGCCCCUCUGUGCGCCGUGACCCUCAAGGCGCGAGCCGUAUUGGUCGACGGCGUCAGCCGAGUCGAGGAGGACGAGAUCGGCCGAGCCUGCGCUGACCAGCCGGAUAAGCUGAUGUCGGCGGAGUCUAGGGUUUUGACUAGGGUAAGAGAGGAAUUUGGGGUUUUGGGGUUUGUGGGGUUGGGAGGGUUCAGGAAUGUGAGGGAUGUGUAUGAUUGGAAAGGCUUGAAAUUAGAGGUGGAUGAGACGAAGUAUGAGUUUGGUACUUGUUAUGAGAUUGAGUGUGAGAGUGCUGACCCUGAAGGGGUCAAGGAGCUGCUUGAGGGCUUCUUGAAGGAAAAUGGGGUUCAGUAUUCCUAUUCGGAAACGUCAAAGUUUGCGAUUUUUCGAGCUGGCAAGCUGCCCCUUAGUGAGUGAAUGUGGAGCACAAUUGGAGCCUUUACAAAGUGGGAGAAAUGCUGUGAUGAAGGAAGCAAGGAUGAAAGUCAGAAUCCCUCGAGACCAGUGAUUUCUUCUUCUUCUCCAAUCCAAGCUUUGUAGUUUCUCAUUUUAUUCUCGUAAAACUCCGUUAAUUUCUUUAAUUCCCGUUGUUUGUAAUGAAUUGCAAUAAUGUCAUAUUAUAUUUUACCAUAUGACUGAAAGUGCUUCUGUUUGUUCAU